UCCUAAAGCCAUUUGUAAGUAGACACACCAGUCUUAGUGUCUUGGGAGCCAUAUGUUCCUGAUCUAGCUUUAUGGAAACUCAGGGUGGAAUAGAGACUGUUGAGACUCUGUUGGCACCAUGUAGGAAUAAAGAACCUGCAGCACAGUGCCAGGCUAAAAUAUCCCCAGAUGUGAAUGGGGAUCCUGGGGAGGAGCUGAAGAUGGACUUAGACCAACAAAAGAAACCAGCCACAGUCCUCAAACCAAAACGGCAGCCCAAAGCUACAAGGGGAAGAGCUGCCAAGCCAUCAGUAGGUAACAUCCUAAGCUUUCCCUUCCCCGUAAAACUCUGGAUGAUCACAGAAGAUGACUCAUUCAUGUCGGUGUGCUGGAACGAUGAUGGGGACACUGUGGUCAUCAAAGAGGAUUUAAUCCAAUGGGAAGUCCUUCAGCGGACAGGACAAGAUAAAAUCUUUCAAGCAGACAGCUUGAAGGCCUUCAUCCGACUGUUAAACAUGCAUGGUUUCAGAAGAACACAUCCUAAGGAUCCCUCAGCUCGCUCUUCCCAGAACAGGAGGACCAUGCUCUAUCGCAAUGCCAAGUUUAAGCGAGACUGUCCUCUGCUCAUCCAGAAAAUACAGAAAAAACGCAACAGGAAAACGACCACCAGCCUAAAGGUCACAUCACCAGCUUCAAAAAGAAGGAAGCUAGUGGAAGCCACUAGCCAUGCACAAUCACAAAACCAGGAAGAUUCUACUGAGAACACUGAGGAAAAGGCCCUGGGGGGUGUCCCAAGUGCUGAGGGACCCCGGGUUCCCCCACCCAUCCCAUGCCCUGAGGUCAGCUCAGUGAUCGGUCCAGCUAACUGCCCCAGGGAAAUCAGCUUCCCUAGUGAACAGGGUGGCCUGAGUGGGGAGGUUCCCUCUGUGACCCUGCCAAUGGCCAGAGGGCAGGAAAUAGGGCUAAUGUCCAACAGCUUCAGAGUUCCACCUGAUUAUGAAACUAUUCUGUCAUUGUUCAACACUUGCUAUUCUGUCCUAAUGGCUGUAUUUUCUGCCAUAUCUCUCUACACUCAUGCUGAGACUGAGCAAAAUAAUUCUGAUCAGCAAAAUAAUUCCGAUCAGAGGUGCUCUGUUAGUGAUCAGCUCCAGGAAAAUCCAAAACCAUGAGGCAUGAGUUACUGGUAAUUGAUUAAAAAAAAAUGGUCACUCAUAAGCCAGAAUGUAUUUUCAUCCCUAAUAAAGAAAUAUUAGAUCUCUAAGGGAGUAAAUAAACAUCCUGAAGUGAA